GCUCCAUCAUUGUGCUCCAUCUACCAUUUUGAGUUUCGGGGCACAUGGCAUUGGCCAUACUUGAAUAAAAACUCAAAAUGGUUAAUACAUUGCCAAUAUUAUUAGUUUUGCUGGUGCAAAUUAGCUAUAUAGCUUGUCAAGAACAGUGCAUAAAUGGAAAGUUCCACAAGAAUUCACCUGGCCCCGAAUCUGGUCAAUACAUGGAAUGCCAUCCAUGGAAAAACAAGACAUGUUGUACAGCUGCUUUCACAAAGGAGUUUGCAGCGAAUCAAACCAAACAGUUGUAUGGACAUGACUGGCACCGAUGCAAGAAUUUGUCAGCUGCGUGUGAGCGCUUUUGGAUAAAUCAGGAGUGUUUUUAUCAGUGUUCACCAUAUGUGUACAAAUGGAAAGCCACUGAAGGAAAGCCACCAAUGGAAGUUGUUAAAGGUGUCCCAAUAUGUGCAUCAGCUUGUGACAGGUGGUAUCAAGCUUGUAAAUUUGAUCAAAUUUGUGUGGAAAAUGUUUUGGCUGAUUACAACUUUACAGAGCAUGGAGAGAAUCUAUGUCCCAAAGACAAACCUUGCAAAACAUAUGAGAAAAUGUAUGGAAGUGGAAAGGCCUUGUGUGAAAAAAUGUGGGGAUCAUCAUAUGUGUACACCAAGGAGAAUUCUGAAAGCUCAAACUGUAUGGUAAUGUGGUUUGCUGGACAAAACCCAAAUAGGAAAGUAGCUUUUGUGGCAAAACAUCCUUCAUAUGCAGUCAGGAUUGAUACUGCCACAUGGAUUCUAUUGCUUGCCCAGGUCAUUGCAGUUUUGCCACUGCUGUCAUGAAGUUUGGUUUGGUAGUUCAAUCAUGGCGAGUUUAUUUCCAACAGACUUUGAUAAAGUGAUUUGUGAUUAUGAUGGUAAGGAGAAUUAUUCAAGGUAUAAGAUAUCGAAUCAAGUGAAUCAAUUGAAUCAAGUGAAUCAACUACAGUCAAUUAUCAGGAUUUUAUCAACAACUGUAUGACAGCUGUCUUCAAGAGCUUUUCUCUACCAAAAGGUUGUUCAAGGCUGACAAAUAGGAAGAUCAAGACACGAAGCACUUUUUUAUAAGUCAAAAUGUCAAGGCUGGCAAGAGAACAAUAGGAAUUAGGAGCAAUAGCUUGUGGAGUCGUUUGCCUAGUUUUGUGUCUGGGGCGUGCAGGCCUUCCUGGGAAUAAAUUGGCACAGGUGUGGCAUUUCAAAACCCCUAGACUGUUUUAGGAUUUUGAUUGAGUGCUAUUUGUGAUUUGUCUUAUUUCUAUAUUAUAUAUGGAACCUGCAAAAACCCUCAUCUCUUAAGUUAUUUUUUCAGUUUUCACUUCAAUUUGAUGCUUAAGAUAUUUUAGAUGCAGUCUCCGGCAAUCCCUCUUGUCACCGAUGGUAGCUUUCUGAAACUCUUGAAAAUUAUAAUAUUUUGAACCCCACUUUCAAUCGUAUCUCGUCAAAAGGGAUAUGAAAAUAAUUUUGAAAACUGCACAGUUUGAAAACGGCACGAAACGUUUCAGAGCAAACUCUUGAAACAGAUUCAGCUCCUUAGAAUUAUGGAUGCCUGAUGAUCUGGUUACAGUUUUCACACAACUUGCACCAAAUCUUUGUUACAUAUUGCUUAUUGUCGAGGGCUUAAAUAUUGUAGCCUAAAAUGACUUUGUUGCCCCAUUUCAGGAAUAUGGCGAGCUCCUUUGUGAUCCCUUUACUUUUCUUGUUGAAGACGCAAAAUUUUCGAGUGUAAAUCAGAAUAAAUACGGCACAAAUCUGGAAGCCUUUUGUAUAAGAAUUUAACCUAAUUUACUAUUAGAAAAUUAGGAACAUGUACAUUUUAGAAACAGGUCUAUGAUAAAAAUGCGACUUAGUUUUCACGAGCCCUGGGCUUGAAGAUGAUUGCAAAUUUUUGUAUUUUAAUGGUUUUUGCAGCCUAAGAUGUGGGAAUGAAAUUUACUGGACUGCUACUAACUCCAAUGCUACGGUCAUUUGGUCUGUGUUUGAUUGCAUACAAGUGUUGCACAACAGCUCGUCAAAGUGAUUACGGUGACUCAGGACGGUGGACAAGACCGGUGAAACAAAUCAAAUAAAAAACACAAAGUGUCAACUCAUUAGUUUCCAGCGCUUUGGUUAAAAUACAAACGAAAAAUUAUAAAAAUAGGCGUGCGAUUUAACGCACUUCUCGGUGUGGAGAGGUGUAUACCAGUGCGUGCGAGUGCGAUCGCACGCCUUUCACGGGAAGGCCUGGGCGUGGCAUUUUGCUAUUCCAUAAAUAAAUUAUGUCACCUUUUAGUAAUAUAAGGCUACCUAUUUGUAGGUGGAACUGUUUAACUUCUUUACAGGGCAAGGGGGCAACCCUAUAUAUAUUCCUGCACUAUCCACCAAUGCACUUCCCUAGCACACACUUCUAUGCAAGCUCUUAUUCCUUUGCAAAUUUUGACAGUUAAGCAUUUGCUUUUUUAAACAGUCCUGACUUUUUAUCGAAGUUUGUGUGGUUGUUUUUUGUGAUUGUCAAUCUGCAGUCGCUUUUAGCUGUUUUCUUUUGCUCGAUGUUGUAUACCUUAUGUAGAAAAUUUCUCUAAGAAUUUGACAUCUCGAUUU